AUGGGGAAACAGAAGACUGUCACAACGGGGAAGCCGCCGAGACGUCCUUGUGGUGGCGCCAAAGGUGGUAGCCGUGGUGGCGGCCAACCAAAAGGUAGAGCUUCGAAGUCAGCGACCCCAGCGCCAUCAGCGCCAGAAGCUGUGCCCGAUAGACCGGGACCCAGGCUACUACUCAAGCUGUUGGUGGACAAACCGGAUAGCCCAGCGCAGGAGCGCGACGCGACACCGGGAUAUGGCGGAAGAGAAGAUCAAAACGACGACCUUGCUGAGCAAUUCGCAAAGGCGGCGCCGAUCACGACUCGCACUGGACGAGCGAUUAAAAAGCCAAACCAGUACGACGCCGCUCAGGGUAGCGAGAUCGAUGCCUUCAUUGACCAGGCUGAAGAAGAUGCUAGAGACGAUGGCAGAGGGUCCAUGGCGAGUGAUCCAUCGUACUCGACACACAAGGCCCCAGAGCAGAUCAAGCAGCUACCAAAAACACGAAAGCCAAGAGGUCGUCCGCCCAAGAACUACACGCCGUUUGGCACCGCCGCUGGCAAAGCAGACGAACAAGAUGGGCAGGAUGCAUCGUCUGGAGAUCCUCCCCCGUUCAUAGCAGACGAAGAGAUCUACUACAUCCUGAGCAACCUCAAGAGCAACGCGAAAAUCCACCUCGACCUUCCUGGUCUCACCGACGCCGCCAACCCAUAUCAGGCCCUACCCUAUAGCGCCAAGACCCUUACCCAACUGUACAUUGUCUGCUACCAAGAGAAGUUCUGGGAUUACUGCGACAUGGUAGCCGACACAUGGAUCCGCAAUUUCCACGACCAGCGCAAAAAGGCUCAAAACGAUGACGAAAAAGAGGGAAUCUGGCUCCCGAAUCGAGCUCUCAAUCGGCGCAAGCGAGUAGCACAACAGGCGUGGCGGAAGGGCAAGAAUAUCCCCGCAGAGUUCGAUCAGUUUCCUAGAGACUACGACUUGGAGGUCACAGACCCUAAACUUCACGAAGACGUUACGUCAGUCCACACCGAUCUUCUCAACUUGCUAUACGAGUACACUUCACCUAGGUGCGGUGCGAGACUGCUUUGGGCUGACGCACUUGCGCUGGGUGGCGACAAGACCGAGCGCAUAAUCGGGGCUGUCACGCGUAAGGGCUUCCAUUUACACCCCCAGCUUCUGUUCGACAUCAUGCAGACAUGUCUACGUAUGGUUCGGAGAAAUCUCACGCUGAAGAUCGAGGAGAGCACUGAGGGCGCUUGGUGUAAGCGAUACCAUGAACACGGAAAGAAUGGCGAAUUUUGCUACCGGCAGAGGGCGUCAAGGGUUGAUGAGUGCCUAGAUGACGCGAUAGAGAAGUCCAGAAAUAGAGAAGAAGAUGAGCCUACCGAUUUGGAUAUGGUCGAGGAGUUUGAGUUGGCACUUCAGGCGCAGGAGCGGGAACGGCCAAGGGCUGAGAAGAGAGGUCUUGAGGGUCAUGAUGAGGUUAGUCCGAGUAAGCGAGCUAAGUUCUUCGGGGAAGAAGAGGAGGCUGAGAGUGACUCCGAGGAAGAUUGA